UACUAGGGUAUGAGACCUUACGGUGUUAUGAUGAAAACUAGGCAGAAACUAUAGCUGACUUCUGUGUAGUAAAUCUAUUGUAGUGUAAUGGGGUGUAUUGCAUUGAUUGUGAUAAAAUGGGAAUUCCAUUUCACUUAGUGUUUCUACUACUUCCUGUUUUCUUUAUUUAAUAGCUGUAUUAAAGAUUAAACAACGAGUUUUUCCUUUUGUUUGUGUCUGUGCAUUGGUUAUGAGGAUUUUGCAGUGACUUUUUGUGCAGUGUACAUCGAUACACCAUAAGUGGUGACAAAUCACAUGUUUUGAUGAGUGGGUGAAUAAUUCACUCAAUCAAUUCAUUCUAAACAUUCUUUCAGGAAUGAAAAUGACUAUGAUUUCACCCUCUGUACCUUUAUUUAUUUGAUGGGACAACCAUGUAGCGGUGUUCAAAUCAUCUGGAAGUUAUUGAGUGGGCUCUCAUAAAGUACCUCAAUAACGAGUGUACAACCAGGGGUCGGCAACCUCGGGAUAAUCACUGAAAUGAGACAAAAGCUAAAGAAAUGUUUGUAGGCCUAUUUCAUUUAGUUAAAGUCCCUCAAGCUUGCAUUCAGAUGUACAUUUUGAGAUAACUAUUCAUCAUAGUCACACAGCCUUUUUUUUAUAAGUUAGGUGAUAUAAUACUAUAAAAAAGUGUGAGAUUUUAACCUGUCCUAGUGCACAGAUUCGACAAACCAUUCAUGUGACCAGAGGUGCGCACUUCAGUAAUUAUCCAUAAGGUUACCGACCGCUGCGCUAGAGAAUACAUGCACUGUGAGAGUCAAGGUGAAUGAAUUCCCACAUCUUGACAGAAGAGCACUUCCACUGCACUCAUGGUGAUGCAUUUCCUUCUGGAAAGAGGAGCUGACGCUACACUUUGUAACCAUAGCAACCAGACAGCUCUUCAUGUUAGUCAACCAGCACUCCAGGGGGAGCUGUUGAUGGCUAUGAUGAGAGACGUACCGCGCCAGAGGCAGCUCUCACUAGCAGCCUGGUGGGGAGAUCUCUACUGUCUACAGGACCUGAUGGCCCGGACAGACUUGAUGGACUUAAAUAAACAGAACAGAGAUGGUCUGACCCCACUGAUGCUGGCUGUAAGGGAUGUGGAUCUGUUUGAAGGACUGGAGAUGCCAUGGGAAUAUCAACCCGUGGAAGUGGUGAAGGAACUUGUGUCUCUUCAGGCUGACACAAGGAUGCUUGAUCGGAGAGGUCACACUGCUUUGUGGUACGUCUCUCAGAUCAAGAGCACCAAGAAGGAAGAUCUCUUUAAAAUAAUGGAGUCUUCAAUGCAAACAGAUACAAUAUUCUCGUGUCUGGACGAGUCUUAUUGGUCAACGAGUCCUUCUGUACACUCCAGCUGCUGUCCUACACGUGGCUGUUGCACACCAGUUUCAGAUAAGAUGAAGAAAGAAUCAGCUGAUAUAAUCAUUGCUCAAAAGAACAAUGCAGACAUCCACCAAGAUAACAGGAUUUGCUUUGAGGGUUGUAUGGAGCCAAAGAUGGACAUCAGACAAGACAAAGAUGAGAUGAAACGAAGCAGUCGGACUUCAUCCUUACCCAGCCUAUGGAGCAGUAGAAAAGACUGGGGUAAAGUAAGGCCUUUGCAUCCAUCUCUCAGUUUGACUUCCUCCUCAAUACCCGUUCUCCCUGCUGCUCAUGCCACUCAGCUCAGCAAAUCUGCACCAAUGCUGAUGAACCCUCUUCUUGAUGCAAGUGUGCUGCUGAAAGCACGGGCUAACAUUCAUAACAGUAAGUAUAGACAGUUGUUACUUGCGGAAAAAAAUCUAGUAUUAAAAAAAAUUACAGAAGCUGAUAAAUAGAUAUGUACAGAAAGACAUAUAAAUAAUGCAUAAAUGCACUUCCUGGAAUGCAGUUUGACAGAAUACAUUGGAAAAACAAGCACAGUAAAACAUUAAAAUUGUACUUACAUGCAUCAGCUGAAAUGCAAGUUGGUCCUUGAGUUAAGGCUAAUAGCUUGUUUGCAGUCAUGUGAUUCUGAUGAUGAGUUCAGUUGGAGGGCAGGAAGUGAAAAGCAGAAUGGAGCAAGAUGGAGGAAAGUCCGUACUGUGCUGGUUAAGAAAGUUAUAAGUAGAAAAUCACAACAUUAUGUUGGACGUGAUCCUUAUGUUAUAAAGAGGAGACAUUUUUCUACUGAAUUGAAAGUCUUAUCUGCCAUCGUCCCGCCACGUUGAGUUCGGUAUCUGAUUUGUUUAUAUUGUGCUGCCUUUCUGCUAGUGAUUUUAGGGCAGUAUUUUGAUUUUCUGUUGUGAUUGUGAAAAAAUGUCACCAUUUAGGUCAUCCACUCUGAAUAGAAUGUAUGAGCAGUGAUGAUUUGAGCAGUAAACUGAUAAUUUUGCCAGCGUCUGUCUUUAGUAAAACUGCAUGCAAACCAGAAGGUACUAGCAACAGAUCAUGGAGUACUAUGGAGUUCACCAAUGGAGAUGUGUU